AUGGGUGAUAUGUCUGAAGAUGAUUCUUCAAUACUAAUUAAAGAUGAACCAAUGAAUAAAGAAGAAAAUACCGUAGACACAAUAUUAGGAACAAAAGCACUUAUUACCACUGUUUCAACAAUUUCUUUUGUGAUAUAUGUUAUUGCGUUUAUUAUAUUAUUAAUGAUUGACUCAUGGGUAAUAAUGUUAUUGAUGAAAAUUAUGGAACAUAUUUCAAUGAAAUAUAUUAUUAUUAAUAUUCCACUUAUUAUUUUAUCAAUACUUAUAUUUAUUGAAGUAGGAUUUACAAAAGGAACAAUUGGAAGAAUAAUGGCAAUAAUUAAGUCUUCAAUUAUAAUUGGAAUAAUACCUAUAAUUUCAUUAAGAUUAGAUACCAUACUAAAAGGGGAUGUAAUUUAUUAUUUUAUUCCUAUAUUUGUAGUAGAAGGAAUAAAUAUUAUAAUACGAAUUAAUACAUUUUAUUUCAAUUAUAAAGAUAUUCAAAAACAUAAAGAAGUUUUUGGGUAUAGUUGGCAAUUAGGAAUAACAAUACUUUCAGAUAUCAGUAGAAUUGGGGGAGAAAUAUUGAUUAUUUUAGGAUUAACAGAAAAAUCACAAUUAUAUGAGAAUUAUUUAUGGUGUGGAAUAAUGUUUAUAGGGUCAUUAAUAUUAUACUUUAUUGGAUUUAUAUUUCUGAAAGAAACAAAGACAUAUACUGGAAUAUUAAAGAAUAUAAUGAGAGUAUUAUUUAUUAUUUAUGGAAUAACACAAAUAUUAUUGAUAGUAUUAAAUACAGGAAAAUAUCAUAUUUGUAGUGUACUUGUAGCAUCAAUUCCAACAUUAGUUUAUUUGUCAUUUAUACAUCUUUGUUUUAUUGUUUUUCCAAUUCUUUAUUUGUGUAUAUUCAAAAAGAUUGUAAAGUCACAUCUUGAUGAUAAUACUACAACUUCAUUCUUACAUGAAAAUUAA